AUGACCGGUUUUCAUGUAAGGCAACUUCAUGAUGCGCUACGAAACAUCGUCGUCAAGAACGCUGCAUGGCGAGAGUUCAUACCCGAGGGGGAAUUCAACAAGUUGAUGACACCGGAGACUAUAAAGCGCGUAUUUAACGAGAUUGUUCAUGAUAACUUACAGCCCAACCGUGAGCAGUCAGAUCCAGAACCAAUACGACUCUCUAGCCCGCCACACCGGCCGGAAGGCCGGAAGCGAAGUUCGUUUCAUUUCAUCGACUAUAAGAGGCUUCCAGAUGUCUAUGAUAACCGGAAAAUUCUUGCACUUUUGGUGUUUAUUGGGAGGGAGAAAUAUAUCAUGAGCUUCCUGAACCGCGGACGUGGAGAUAUGAGCCUCCCGCUCUCUCCAAGCCAGCUGAGGAAUAUCGAUCCCCACCUCGAGAACUCUGAUUUCUUGGAUAAGCAAUAUUCUUUUCUCGCGAUCCGAUUCUAUAAGGGGGUAGAAAAGGAGUUUGGUGACCAGUGGAUACUACCAUUCAUCAAAGACCAGCCGAUAAAUAAAGCGAAGGGCGCAUUUGGAAAAAUAUACGAAGUCGAGAUCCACUCGGACUAUUAUGACUCCGACAUGGUUUCCUUCUGGAGAGGCGAAAAGCCUAUUUUCGCUCGCAAAGAGCUAGUGAUUGAUGACACCACGGACAGUAUGUUAUUCGAACUUGAAAAGAAUGCGUUGAAGAUUCUCCACUCAAGACAUCCAAAUAUCGUACCCUUAUUGGGAAGCUACAAAUACAAAGAUAAAUACAACUUUAUAUUUCCUCGAGCUGAUUGCGAUCUGGAUAUGUAUUUUCAAUGCGGAAUUCCUCCACAAACGCCUAGAGAGAUGUACGACCUUUUUACAGAGAUAUCAAAGCUCGUAUCGGCUUUAGAUACAAUCCACGAUUGUAAAAUUACUUUUGACUUGGACGAGGGCUAUGAUGUUUCCCAGAUUGGAUAUCAUAGAGAUCUCAAGCCAAAGAAUAUUUUGAAAAUGGGAGAUAUCUUCAUGAUCUCAGAUCUCGGCUUAGCUAUAUUCAAGGAACAGGGCCCUGUCUCAAAUACCGAAUGGAUAUUGGGAGAGUCUACAUAUUACGCACCAGAGUGCAAGGCAAAUGGUAAAGCUGGGCGUUUAUCGGAUAUCUGGUCACUGGGCUGUAUAUUCGGUGAAGUGGUAACAUUUGCACUUCGUGGGGCAACAGGUAUCCACGAAUUUUGGAAGAAGAGAAAACAGUCUUACGUCGAUGGCAUCAGCUUGGAUUAUUUUUAUAAAGAUGAUACAGUCUGCAAAGGUGUCCUAGAAUGGUUCGAUGAGUUAAGGCUACACGCGGAGCACGACCCAUUUAUUGUCGAAAUAUUGGGUCUUAUUGAAGAGAUGUUAACCCCGGCCCAACGACGCCCACGCGCCAAUGCCGUGGAUGAAAAGUUCUCACGUAUCUUAGAAAGAGAAAGGAGGAGAAAGGGUUACGAAGAACCCACCCCUAGGGCAGUCUUCACUGACCCCGGAGACCCGCGAGAUUCACGAGAACUCCGGAGCCCUCGCAAAGAAUUUGUCAUUAGCCGUGAUAUCACCGAGACUCCGGAGCAGAUCCAAGGUUAUCUUCCACCAACACCACCAGAUCAACCAAGUCCUGUCCAGCCGAUAGUGAGUCCCAUGCUGAGAAAUUUAAGUCAGGGGAAUCAAAGCCAAAGCCCAGAGAGAAAACACACCCUCAUGGUGAAUGGCCCGCGAAUUGAUGGGUCAGACUUGGGGGAGGAGCGUUCAUCGACACCUCAAGGUCUCUGCAUUUGCAAUCUUGACACACAAGACUCUAGAUACAGGGACCAACCGAAGACCACUGGGCCACCACCGCUUCUCUAUAAAGUACCUGGGUUCGUUAAAAAGAGUCUCAAAGGGAAAAACCCUUUCGGUUACUUGAAAGAAUUCGAUACAGUAUUUUUGAUCGACAACUCCGAGUCCAUGAGUAACCACUGGGAUGAUGUUGCGCUCGCCCUUUACCGAUUCAUUGACCUUGCAUCCCACUACGACACUGAUGGCGUAGAUCUUUAUUUUACCGACUCUGCAGUCUCCGUCACUAAAGCCAAAACGAAAAAAGUAUAUGAAACGUUUCAAUCGGUCAAACCUAUCGGGUCAUCGCCCUUAACCCUUCGUCUCGAAACAAUUCUCUUGAAUUACAUUGCUCAAUUCAAUACCGACCGAACAACUAAACGACUCAACCUCAUCGUUAUCACGAAUGGAGACAUGACAGCUAUCGAAAGCCCUAAUGAUCCUAUUAUCAAUUGUGCCCGGAAGCUAGACGAUAUCAUGGCGCCUGCACGUCAGGUUGGCGUUCAGUUUGCCCUGAUUGGAAGUGACGAGCAAGCUCGGGAAGUAUUCGGGGAGCUUGAUGAUGAUCUUUGGAGAAAACAUGGAGUGAGGGAUAUGGUGGAUACAACACCUUACGACCCGUAUAAGGAUGGUAGAGAUGACGAAACAUUGUUGAAGAUCAUGUGCGGUGCAGUCAAUAGAUUGCUAGACCAUCAUAAUCAGAGUUGA